AUGUUGAAUGAAAUUAGGGUUGGUCGUGAGAAACACAAAUCAUCGACUGUGAAAGGAGAGCUUGUCGACGGUGGUUGUGGUCAUCGGGAGGAGAGGUUUUCGGGGACUGUUGUUCUUGUUUUCCAACCAGCUGAGGAAGGAGGUGCAGGAGCAAAGAAAAUGAUAGAAGACGGGGCACUGGAGCAUGUCACUGCCAUCUUUGGGUUGCAUCUUGCUUCUGACCAUCCCAUUGGUUUAGUAGCCUCCAAACCUAGCCCUAGAAUGGCUGCGAGUGGAUUUUUUGAAGCCUUGAUAAGUGGGAAGGGGGGUCGUGCUGCAAUUCCACAGCACACAAUAGAUCCUAUCUUGGCUGCUUCCAAUGUUAUUGUUAGUCUGCAGCAUCUUGUUUCACGUGAAGCUGACCCCUUAGAUUCACAGGUACCAGCUGAUGCAACAAGUGGCCAUGAGGCUAGGAGGGAGUCCAUAGGAGAGGGAGAUCCUGAGGCCACUACCCAUUUUGAUUCAACUUCUGAUGAUGUCAUUGGUCACCAUGAUCCUCCUGCAUGA